GAACAUGGCAUUAACGCCGGUCAUUGAUUAAUGUUAUAAUUACACAUUUAUUAUACGAAUGUGCAUGCGUUAUUAAACAAGGACAUAAGAAAUCUCUAUGCAGCGUUCUCUUUUUAUUCCUAUAUCGCUUAUUCAGCUCGGUCACGCACUCUAUCUUUAUAUCUCUAUACUAACAGCACAGCUAAUCAACAAAUACUGUUUCCUAUUUUCGUUACUCAUAAAGAUUACUUUUGCAUUAAAAAACCUCAAUUUGCUUUAAUAUUGUGCAUAUUAUACAUUAAGGACAAUGUCUUAUCAAUUAUAUCGAAACACAACAUUAGGUAAUACGUUACAAGAAAGCCUUGAUGAGCUCAUUCAGUAUGGGCAAAUCACACCUCAGUUAGCAAUUAAAGUACUAUUACAAUUUGAUAAGGCAAUAAAUCAAGCACUUGCAGCCAGGGUUAAAUCACGACUUAUAUUUAAGGCUGGUAAAUUAAACACUUACAGAUUUUGUGACAAUGUAUGGACCUUUAUGCUUAAUGAUGUUGAAUUCCGUGAAGUUCAAGAAAUUGCAAUAGUAGAUAAAGUUAAAAUUGUUGCAUGUGACGGAAAAACAUUGGAUGGAGAUGCAGCAGCAAAACGAUAAUAUCUCUUUCUUAUAUAACUAAAUACAUCAUUAUUAUUAUAUUAUACUAGUUGUAAAGAAAUUUCAUUAUAUAAUAUAUUAUAAUUUUAUAAUAAUUCAAAUAAUAGAUAGUAAACAAAACAAAUUAUACAAAUAUAUUUAAUAUAGGUAUAGAAUUUUUCAUUUAUUUUUGAAUGACAGUUAAAUUUUGUUACACAACUAAAAUCAUAACACCGCAUUGAAAGUAGGAAUAAUAAAUUGUAGCUGCCUUUUUUGUCAUAUCAGAACAUAGCAAUAGCUUUAUUUUUAUAUUGUACUUGAAUAUAACUAUCUAAUCUACUUAGAUUUUUACAUAUUAUAUUUACUAAUAAUUUAUUUCCAAAAAAUAUAGAAAUAUAUAAUAUAA